AUGGUCAAGUUUGUCGGCAACGACGAGUCUGGCCUACCACUCAAAAGAAAACAGGUUGCUCAGGCCUGUGACUCGUGCCGGAAGCGCAAGAAGCGAUGUGUUCACGAGUACGACUUAAGUCCGGAGGACAGCAGCCCAACAUACAAUUCGGAAUCUCCGACCAAGCCUGUCCGUCGUGUCUCUCACAAUGCCGGGGAGACGCCUGACUUGUCCCCUACAGAGCUGAGGUCCCAGGGUUCCAUUCCACCCCAGCCGGAAUCCCGGGCAGCAACUCGCUUCGUAGGGGAUCUUAACCCGAGACACCUGUUCAUCGAGGCCACAAGCCCGCACUCCGCCCGAGAUCUCUCGGUCCGGGGUGGUGUGGGCGUCUGGGAGUCUCGGAAUACCGCCCAGGAUGCCCGGUCAGCAGCUGCACCCAGAUCCGCACCCUCCUUGAUCGGACCGUCUCAAACUAUGCAGAAUCUUUUGGCCCAGCAAGUCCAAGUAAAAUAUCAAACAUGUGUACCGGCUGUCCAGGACUGGUUUGCUCUGAGGAAUAUCUAUCUUGGGAAACAAGACCCACUGUAUCCCGUCAUCAACAUAGCCUUGGCUGAUGGUCAGGAUGCUGGUUCCAUCCUCGUCAGGCAAGUCAUCAGUCUUGCCGCGGCUGCAAACUCACAGGCCAUGCCCCAUCUGAGACUACUCCCCAACGGGGUGUUACUCAGUCGUCCCGAGUUCACCGCCGCACUCUCUGUGGCAAUCUAUACUACGGUCGAAUCUGGAUUGAUCACAGACCGUGUGUUGCUAAUCCGCGUCCUGCUUCUCUUCUCCAUGUACAUGCAACCUACUUGUCCCGAAGAGGCUGACAUGCCGACGGCCAUAUUUGCCAAGGCGGCUCAUCAGUUUAUGACUCUGGGACUGCAUCUCGACAUGGGAGCGGCCGAGGCCGACCAUGAAGACUUGCGAUCUCUCUUUCUGUGUACUUGGGCCCUGGACCGUCUCAACUCGGCCAUAUACGGCAGAUCAUGCACUGUACACGAGCGAGAUAUUGGUUGGGACUUUGAAGAUUCCAUCAAACGGCAGAACCCGCCGUUCCGCUUACUACUGUCUGUCGUCAACCAGCUCGAGGACGUCAUUGACCUGUACCGGCCACAAAAGGACAAGGACUUUAUUGACAUGCCAAUCCUUGAGCAGCUCAUAAUUGAUUCCGAGGCCACUCAGGUUUCUGAAACUCUACUCGCGACUGUGGAGGUCUUCUACCACGCUGUUGCCAUCCUGUCGUGUCGUGUCAAUCAGGAACUAACCAAAUCAGCGCUUCCGUCACGAGCAAACAACAGCCGGCGCUCCUUGUCAGCAGAUCGGAUUACCGAGCUUGUACGCGACAGCCUUGGCGACCGCGAUAGGCUAUCGUACCUGCCCAUCAUACCGUAUGCAGUUUCGCUCUCGCUGAGUGUCAUGUACCGCAAAAUGCGCUAUAGUCAGAUACCCAUGUUUAGAGAGCGUGGCCUUCGCGCUUUCGAGGCCAAUACGAAGCUCCUGAAGCAGCUGGGCGAGACGUUCUGGACUGCAAAGACCACGGGAGAGAUGGCGGAACGGGUGCUGCAGGAAAUGGGCCGGGCCACCGCCUUCAAGAAUCAAGAGUCGGGUAAGAAUAGUGUGCGAGAAGGUAGCGAUCCUCACCCACUUCCGGCCAUCCAGACCCAAAUCAACGGAUUGCCUAGAGGGUUACCCUUGACCACGUUGCCACCCCCUAGCAGCAUGGCUACUAUGAUGCCCGAGGCACCUAUCCCCGAGAUCGAUAUCUGGGAACACAUCAAUCCCCAAUUCAACAUUGGUGCCAUUGAAGCAGCGUUCCAAAAUACGCUCGACAUGCAGGCCGUGACCUAUUACGACUGGGGCCAGAAUCCAAGCUGGCCCUUGUGGAACGAAAGACAUGGUGUGGAAUAA